AUAAAGAAAUUUUUGCUUUUUUUAUAUAGUCAAACGUUACUCUCAAACGUACUCUACGGGUAGAAUAGGAUCUCCGAAUCCUUACAAGUUCUCUCUUUAAUUCUCUUUGUCAGUAGAAAAUCUACUUGGGAUCUGUCAGACCCCAAGUGGAAAACCUACUUGCACAUUGCCAUCUCUAUUUUCAUUGUAUUGGGAACAGAGACUGCGCUAUGUCGCGGGAUGCUGAAUGAUCAAUACUGUCACACGGACCAAAGAUCGGACUCAAAAAGGCAGGACAUCUCUAACAGCAUCAUGAAAACCAUACCACAUACCUGCGUGCCAGGUAUCGCUGAUCUACCCGCUGAAGAAUCAAUCGAAGAGAUUGCCGAAUCAGUGGAUGAAUUGCGAGAGAAACUCGCCAACAUGAAAAAGCUCAUGGAAGAGAGAAAGGGCACGACACUGGGAGAAAUUAGCGCCCGAAAAAGAAAAGAGACUUCCGACAUAAUAGACGGCAAUUUCUUGUCCUGGAUUUUCGGAUCAGUCCUCUUAGUAAUUUUGAGCGUGAGCUUUUACGCCUUCUAUAAUCUUUAUCACGCAGUGCUGAAGAAAUUCCCGUCCCAUCAUACGGAAUUAUAAAAAAGUGUAUGAAAAUGAGAAGAAAAAUUCAAACUUAAAACUUUCAUACAAAAACAUUUUAUUAAAAAUGCGAAGAGCGGCCUCCUUUAAUUUUUCUCCUCUAGAGUCAGAUAAUAUAAAAUGCGGACAGUCCCCAAAACAACAGAUGUUUCUUUCAUUAUUCAUAUAUAAUUUUUUCAAUCGAUGAAUAAUAACUUUUUUUCUUACAAAAAUAAUCAAAGUUUUCGAAUAAUUAACGAUUGAAGAUAAAAAACUAGCGAGUUAAAAUUAAUAAAAGGAAAUAGAUUAUAAUGUCAUAUUGUUUAAUUAAUUUCACAGUUUACUUAUUAGAAUUUUAAUUUGAAACGUACAAAAAUAUGUAAUGUUAAGAAUUUAAAAAUAUAUGAUAAAAUCUCUUUGAUGAUUUUUUAAAGAGAUAAUCAUCCAGAUCGAUCAAAAAAAUUUAAUUAAAAAUUUAAAAAAGACAUCUAAUAAUUGAAUAAGAAAUAUCAGACAUUAUUUAAUUAUUUACUAUUGAAUUUUAGGAAGAUAUUUCAAAUUUAAUUCAAGUUAAAAUAUUAAUGAUAUGCUUUGUCAAUAUGUGAAUGAAUUUGAUGAUCAAUGAAAUUUAUUGUUAACAUCCAAAAGAAUUGAAAAAUGUAAAUGAUGAACAGUAUAUUUCUGGAGAAGUAAAGUGCAAUAUAAAUUUCAGAAAGAGGAGAGAUAUUUAUUUUAUCUAUACUCAACCAGAUAGAAUUUGUAAUGAUAAAAGACCUGACAAAUUUUUUAGGAUCACAAACUAAGUGCCUUAAAAAACUAAUGAAUUAAAUGUUCUGCUAUAUAUGUAUAUGUUAUAAUAUUAUUCAUUAUAUGUAUAAAUAUAGACAUGUAUAAUAAAUUUAGUCAACUAAGCACUAUAA